AUGAAGUCUCUCCGAUUCAUUAGCGCCGAAGCAUUCGUGUCAAAUGCAGAGUUUGCCAGGAAGAGUCUCGGUGCUGUUGCACAUGAUCUUUUUCCGCUUCUUUUUAAAGCCAGCUAUUUACUGGAGCAAGGGGAAGUGAUUCACGACUUGGUAGAGAACUGGCCACUUUUUGAUUUUAACAUGGGAAAACUUUUGGGAGCUACUCUGGACUGCCAGGAAGAUCUGAGCCAUAGAACAUGCUCGGUGUGUUUGGAAAGUUGUCUGACAGGGCUGAGAGACUAUGUGCUGAAUCAGUCUUCUCCCUACAUGAAAAAGUUGAAAGUGGUCGACCUGACGGGUAUAAAAGAUGUUGAAGUUCAGUUUUGUAAGUGCAAGAAGACAAUGGGCAGGUGGGCCAGGACACAGCUGCUCUCUAAGCUUUGUUCAGAACUGCUGGUUUACCUGCAACAAGCACAGUGCCACCCAGGUACCUUUGAAAUCAGUAUCAAUGUGCUAAUUGACUUGUUUGUUACAGAGCGGAACUAUGAGCUGGUCGUGCAGGCUCUGUUGAAGAAAUGCAGUUGUCCGCUGAAAAUCUGCUGUGUGGCAUUCAGAUCUGACAACCUGACCUUGCAGAAAUUCUUCUAUAUCAUAAAGCUCACUGAUCCCUCCUUGUUGCGCAAACUGGAAAUAGUUCAUAAUGUUCACUUGGAAAUGGAACACCUGGAAAUGCUCUUCAACAGUAUCCACUUCCCUGUGUUGAUGUCCUUGACCUUGCCAGCACGAACAUUUAACGUGCGGAGGUUCACGGCUACAGAUGAACAGAUGCUUACGAACAUUGGAGAAAAGAUGGGUGAAAUGUUGCAGCUCACUGAGCUGAGUAUGUCAUUUUCUAUCCUCACGGGAAGAAUACAGAACCUUCUCAGCCCACUAAAAACUCCACUGAAGAUGCUGGAUGUUUCUAACUGCUCCUUGAACCAUGAUGAUAUGGCCUUUUUAGCCAAUAGCUCCCAUGCCAGUCACUUGGAAGCCCUGGACCUGAGUGGUCACGAUAUACCUGAACUUUACCCAUCAACAUUCUUUAAGCUCCUCAGCCAUUGCUCUUCAGUGCUCAGGAGUCUUACCCUGGAGGACUGUAAUAUCCAAGACAUUCAUGUCAACAGGUUGAUUUUAGGUUUAAGCCCAUGUCAGAAACUAGAGGAGUUUAAGUUUAUUGGAAAUCCACUGUCAUCCCAAGCUCUUAAACACCUUUUCACAUUUCUCUGUGAACUGCCGAUGCUGAAAAAUGUGGAGUUCCCAGUUCCAAGGGAUUGCUACCCUGUUGGCAUCACCUAUCCCAUUGAUGAUGCCAGUCUUUGCAGAUUUGAUCACCAAAAAUAUGAAAGGGUAGCAGAGGAGCUUAACCUCAUUUUACUCCAAGCAAAUAGAGAGGAUGUGAAGGCUUCAACGCCGCUCUUUGGGAGUUAUGAUGCAGCUGUUCAGGAGACAAACAAUGAACUGGGAGCUUACUUGAUCAAGUCCUUCAAAGAGACUUUAGAGAAGUUCACUACUUCAUUUAACAAAAUGAGUUAAAUCUGUAGAAUUCUUAAGUGGUGAUAAGAUGAUCUGCCAAAUCAGAACUUAAAAUAGUCUUUUCUAGAACUGCACCUUCAAUCAUCAGUUGUGAAUUUUCUUUAAUUUUUCAUCUGAGUUUACUAUUGUUUGAAUAGCCUCUAAUCACAUGAGGUAUUGUAACUCAUGCUGUAUCUAUUGCAUACACCUUACACAAGCACUACUUGCUCACAAAAGAGGAGAGGACACUUAAUAGCGCAUUAUUUUAUACAAAUGUACUUUUUAUUAGUAAAUCAAAUUGGUGUUUAAGCUUGACUGAUUUCUUAUGCAGGUUCCCUUAGAUUUGUCAGCUGGUCUGGUAGCCCUGCAGAACAAACAGGGAAGUCCUUUCCCAAAUCCAGCAGGAUAUUCAAAAGAUUGUGCACAUGUCCUCAUGUGUAGCUGCCUAAAUGUAUUUUUUUUUCUGCUCAUGACCUGAAUUCACCAAUCUGUGUUUUAUGCAGUAUAUUCCCAAUAAUGGAGGAUGUGUAACAGCCUUCAUAUCCCUGUGCCUCUUUCUUCUGCAGAGGCAAGCGCAAUAAACACAAUUUGUCUUAUACAUUGCCCUUGGUGAGGAGUAAAAUUCCAUACAGAGGAGGCAGCAGACCAAAUGGUUGGCUGGCAGCAGGGGAUCUCAUCCCACCUACCCAGCAAUAUUAAGCAGUCUGUGGGGUCUCUGCUGAUGUUCUUGCAACGUGUAUUUUAGAAAGGCGGACCAGGGCAGUGCUGCCCAGCCAUGCCUCUCAUGUCAGCUAGACAGUGCCUCAGGAUACUCCCUUCCUGGAAUUAGUUUCAUGGCUGGCAGGGUACACCCUGCUGCUUUCAGCUGUUUUAAAGAAAGUCUAGGACUGUGGUAAUACUGAAAAAACGACUAGUGUUGAAAAGACAUGAAAAAAAUUAAUCCGAUGCCAAUUUAUAAAAUGUGGAAAAGAGACAAGGCUGGUUGCUGAAUAACUCAAUGUUCACCUGUGUAAAAUGCUGCUGGCCUUCUGUCAGGACUGUGUGUUCUCUACAGACUACUUUAGCUUCUCAGCCACUAUCAGGAAAAAUCACAUUUAUUUGUCAAGCUUUAGUGCAAGGAAGGUAUUAGAGUGACAGAGUAAACAGUAUCCCAGACUUCACACACAUUGGAGCAUAGGUAAAGGUGCCUGGAUGUCAGGACAGUAAAGGCCACAAGACACACAUCUGGGGAGAGUACUGUAAUUGGGCACUGAGAGGUAAACAAGUGCUAGGUAAUUAAAAAAAAACCAACAAAAAACCCCCAAAACCCCUCAGGUUAAUGCACAAUAUUCUCCCAUUAAAUAUACUUUAACAGUUCAUGAAAACGUGAUCAAACAGGACUGAAAGUGAAUGUUUGUAGCAGUAGCUGAAAGUGUCAUUGUUAUGUUGAGGAUCAUCAUUAAGGACUGUUUAUUUGAGGUAAUACUGGGCCUCAUCAUCUGAGGAUAAGGAAAAAAAAUUCUGCAUUUAGGCAGUGCUGAUUUGUCAAGCUUUCUGUUUAUCUACAGUAGGAAUAUGCAAGAAACUCUUAACCUAAUUUAUUAAAAAAAAUCCCCCCAAACCCCAAAAAUUGAUGGAAAGAGUACUAAGCAGAGCUUACAGGUUCCACAGCAUGCAUUUAAAUGAUUUUUUUCAUGUCAGCUUACAUUCUAACAUGUUUUAUUGAUUAAACAUAUGAUGGUAAAAUUGAAA